GGAAGCUAUAAGUGAGGGGCUGCUUCUGGGAGAACUUUUUUUUCUUUUUUCAGACGGUGUGACUCCUCAUGUUGGCCUUUCACCUUCAAAGUUGGUCACCUGUGUGGAUUCUUAAUGAGCUGACAUGUCAGGUCAGGCACAUGCAGACUAGUUACUCCCACGCGUCUCUUCAGAUUGUACGGCGGCCUGCAUGGGCCUUCUCUCCAACUGCAUCACAUUCCUUGAAAUGCGCUCGUGACGCAGCAACUUCCCGUCUGAGUCCGCCUCCCCGCAGUUCUCACUCUUCGUCGAAACAACUGCCCUGACACCGCUCAACUUUAAGGAACAAGACGAUUAUUUGAACUAUUUUAAAAUAACGAUUAAAAAGAAUAAAGACCUUCUCUGACAGAGUCAGCGCUCGUCCAGGUGGCAUCAAAUGGACUGAGGAAACUUCUUGACAUGGAGGGCUGUGGGCUCCAAAGAACAUGGAACAAAAAAGCCUGUGUGGGAAUCUUGCUGCUUCUCAUGUGCACAAUUGGUAAUGGUGUCCCAGAACCAAAUCAGCAGGAGUGUCCAACAGGGGACUACCUAUCAGAGAAUAACAUAUGUUGCAAUAAAUGCCCCUCAGGCUUUAAGCUGUUGCAUGAAUGCUAUGUUGAGGGCCACAGGAGUAACUGCACGCCUUGUCCUGUUGGACAAUACAUGGACCAGAUAAACGUUUACCACAACUGCUUCCGAUGCAAAUCCUGCAAAGAAAGGAAACAUGAAGUUGAGGUGUCACCCUGUAGAAGAGACAAGAAUGCCGAAUGUGCCUGUGAGGAUGGUUACUACAAAUCUAAAAUAGACUCGGAAGCAUUCGAGUGUCUCAAAUGUUCACAGUGUAGUCCGGAUGAGAAAGAAAAGCAGACGUGUACACGAGACAAGAACACUGUGUGUGCGUGUAAAGAUGGCCACUACAGAGUAAAAGGGAUCUGCAAACUAUGUGAAAGUUGCUCAAAGGAGUGUCAACAUCUCUGUAUGCCCCCUUCAACAAAACCUCCUGAGCCUUCGGACAUUCCGGUUGUUGCUAUUAUUGCUGCCAUUACAACUGUGGGUCUCGUCAUGGUGGCUUUGGGGGUUUUCAUCACCUUCAUAUUCACGAAAAGAUUUGUAAAGAAGAAAAUGCCGAGUCAUGGCAUUCAACCGAGAGACAGUUCCAUCAGCGAACAUUUGUUUGUGGAUGUGGACUCUACAGAGAGCCAAGUAGAAAGUGUUCCUCAAAGCCCUGUGGAGGAGCAAGGCCUGCAAAACCUGCCUGACUGUGUCCCGCUAGAAAUAAGGAUCCCGGACCUGAUCUACACGGUGCUGAACUUUGUUCCUGUCCCGCGAGUGAAGGAACUGGUGCGUUCUCUUGGCGUGAGGGAAACGGUGAUCGAACAAGCGGAAAUGGAUCACCGACAAUGCCGGGAAGCUCACUACCAGAUGCUGCGGGUGUGGGCCGAGCAAGGCUCCCACGCAGCUGGAGGGGGUCGAGGUGGCAUGCUGCACCUUUCGCUGAUGGAGGAGCUCCUGGACAAACUGAGACAGAUGCACCUGGGCGGAACGGCCGAGGAGCUGGAGACAAAGUACAGCAUUCACUGAUCCUAGAGUGCCUGCAGAGCUACUUAGAAAGCUUUGAAACCAAGUAUCGUUUUCCUCUUCACGGAUGGCUUGAUAGAGUGCUAGGGUGCUGCAAGCAAGACUGUGCAACAGCAUACGAGCGGCUGAGGAUUUUCUCACCCAGCCAAGCUUUCACUAUGAACUUUUCAAUGAGAAGGACUCAGAAAAAAAUUCACAUAUGUGGUCAGUAUCGUUCUUCUAAUCUCUAGCUUCUUUUUAUAUAUAAAACAUUAAUACUGAGAUGAAACACUCCUGAUUUUUAAGCUACAGCUCACUGCGCUUACAGCAGAAAACACACAGAAACUGCUCCUUUAAAAAGAAAUCCACCAGCAUUUUUUAACCAGCCAGACAUUAAAAAAAAAUGUAAAAGUACGAACUAGUUUUAGUUUCAUGGGAAACUCUAAAAGUGUAUUUUACUAGAUAUAUUAUUGCUGUUUAUCCAAAAAAAGUGUACAUUAGAACAGUGGUCCCCAACCUCCGGGCUGCAGAGUUUAAAAAAAAAAAAAAAAGAAUUUUAUUAAGAAUCUGAUUCUGUUUUAUUUUGGAAAACUACUGGAUUCUCCCCACUACACACAACUUAUUCUUGAUGCAUUUUAAAUCACUCGAUCAUGUUUUGAGAAUACAUCGAUUACUUUUUUAUAAAGUCUCCAAGCUAGCAAAGUUAGCAAUAUUUGGAAAAUUUCUUUUUCACAGAAAAGACUGAAGAAGAGGCUUUAACUUCAAAGAAAAAAUAAAUAAAUCGGCAUUUAACAGACAAAAACCAGGAAUCUUUCCUCCAAAUAUGGAUUUAUUGUUCCCACAGACAGUAAUGAUAAUACUUUAUAUUCAGCAACCGGCUGUCAAUGUUUUAAGGAGGCUGCUAAUAAAGUUACUCACACAAUA